AGCUAAUGAGUGCAGAAACUGUGAAAGCUUCUUUCAUGUCGGUCAUGGGAAAAAGCAUUGAGAAGAAACAAAUCACAAUCAAGCAGGGAAAAUGGCGGGAUGCUUGUGUUGAAGAUGCCAAAAAAGCUGACGGAAUUACUGCGAAAAAUGCUAAAGAUAUCGUUACAGAUAAUUUUCUGUGCAGCGGUGGUAUUGAACCUAAUGUAGAUGAUAUUGCCUGCAAAGGUGACUCUGGUGGGGCCACUUUUGUGGUUCCUGGUAAUCGAAUGGUGCAGGUGGGUAUUGUCAGCUGGGGAGUGAAGGACCUGUGCAAGAACACCAGGAAGCCUAAGUCUGAUUCACACACUAGAGAUUACCAUACAAGUCUUUUCAGUCCGGAAGUACGCAAAUUCCUUAAACGCUACCUUGGAGAUGAGAAAUUGGGAGCCCCUCUUACGUUUCUGUGAACAUUAUGUUUUUUUAUGUAUUUGCCUGAUCAGAAACAUUGUGUACAUCUCUCAGUUGACUAAAAAUUGCUUUUUUAUGGCUUUGGAAUUUGUAAGAAAUGUGACACAGUAAAAACAAAAUUGGGAAAUAAUAAAAAAGGAAUUUUAUAUGCAGCCUAUAUGUUUUUUUUUUAAUCCUUUUAAGUAUUAACUUUUUAUCCAGUGCAAGUAAUCAAAUGUGGUUAAUUAACGUAUUCGAUACAAUCAUAAACAGCACUUUUCAU